GGCACCUGCAACAUGUGGUCGUCGGUUCGGGAGUCGCUGCAGGGGGCUGCUGGAGCGCUCGCAGAGGUGAGCGCCGACGUUGCGUCGGAGGCGACCCGACUUACAGUCGUCGCAGCAAAUCACGCGGGUCGGCUCGCUGAACGGACGAGGCUGUAUGCGCAGGUGACAGCGAAGCAGCAGCGAAUUGCGCUGAUCAAGCAGAGCUGGGGUUCAGACUCGUACGACGCCAUGGAUGCGGGCGACAUCGCGACGGUCGCGACCAACUUUCACCGCGCAAAGGCAGAGAUCCAGCGGGUCGAAGAGGAGAUCGAGGCCAAGCUGAUCGAGAUCGCGGCCCUUGACGCCGCGCCGGCGCAGUCGGCCGAGACUGCCGUGCAGCAGCUCCCGUCGUCGUAUUCCGUGGAUGCGUGGCCCGGCGGCGGUGCGGCGGAGGCCCGCAUUCAGGAGGCCGUGCCCGCAAUGCCUGUCGUCACUGCAGUGCCUGGCGUCAUGAUCGGCACCGCAGUCUCUGCGAUACCCGAGGCGCUGCCUAGGGCGCUGCCUGCCCGAGCCAAGCCAGAGGAAGGUGUGGCUGAGAGCUCAGAGGAUGAAGGUGGGGUGUAGUCACGUUUCACAUACUUUGAAGAACAAAA